AUGCCAAGAAAAGGUCUAAGCGCUAAAACUAAAGAAACAAUUCAGAAAAAAUCAGCAAUACAAGACGAAUUUCAAACUGUAGAUACUAGACGUAGAUCAAAACGUCUUUGCAAGAGUCAAAAUAUAGCUGUGACUAUUUCGCAAGAAAAAUCGAAAACUACACCAAUUUCUAUUGAUUCACAUAAUUCCGAAGUUGACAGUGUACAAUCCGAAGUUAACAGUGUACAAACUGAAGUUAACAGCACUUCAAUUCUUCCUAAUCAAUAUAAUACCCAAGCAGUUAACUUAGAGCUCAAUAAUAAUGUGCUCAAUAAUAAUGUACUCGAUAAACCACAACCUCAAGAUACAACAGAUCCUAUUUCUUCACUAACCCAUUCACACGAAGAACAAUCCCCAAGCUGGAUGAAUACGUUUUUAGAUGACGAUGAAAAUAAUUAUGCAACAAAGCAGCUAUUACUUCAGUUUCCAAUUUUAGCUUUUAGCUCAUAUAAUUUAUUCUAUCAAGAUGCAACAGUAUUCGAGAUUGCAACAUUUAUUGCAGAUCAUCCUAAUAUUCUCUCCAUGGCUAAUAUGAUAUAUCGAAGUAAACAAACAAAAUGGAAUCAAUCUUCUACAUCUAAAGAACUUUUGCUUGGGGAACUGUCAACGUUAUCAGAUCAAUCAAUUAAGGAAUCAACCUUAGAGGCAAGACUCCGGAUUUGGCUCGAAGAGCUAAAAUGUUUAUUUCUUCGAAAUAGAAAUCUAUCGCAGACGACAUUUGAUCAUUUGGUGGCUAUGGUUCUGCCAAGUUCUAAACUUGCAGAUGAUGAUUUUCAACAACUUCUAGAGAAAUCUAAGUCGUUGUUUAGUGAAUUUCAUUACACUCUUAAUAAGGACCUCAAGAAUCUUGCUAAUGAGUAUACUAAAAAUACAAGCAAUUAUGAUACGAAUGUUCUGGAUGAAAACGGAUUAAAUAGAUAUAUUGACUAUGAUGUCACGAAGAAAGUUUUGCAAAAGUAUCUUACAAGCACCAGAGAAUCAGAAUUUAUAGAGAUAACUCGGGAUACAUUAAAAAGAUUCAUCCAAGCAGCGUUCAAGUUACACGUCAUUCACAUUCACAAAGAAAGCCAGCGAGAAUACAGUUCAUACAAAAGAGUCUUAGAAGACAUCAAAAAUCUGAAUUCUAUUACGUUGUCACUUGACAUUCCAACACGUGGAAAGUCAGAUAUUUUAAGAUCAUGCUCUGUAUAA